GACCAAAUUAAGAUAAUCAAUAACCAUAAUAGAGUAAUGGGAUGCACUAUUGAUAAUUUACAAUUCUUAAGGGAACGUAAGGUGGGCUUGGAAUCAACAUUUACCAUGAAAUGUAAUAUGUGUAAUUUAGAGCUCCAACUGUUUAGCUGUAAUAGCUCCAAUUCUAAUAUGAGAGUUAAUCAAGGCGCUGUAACUGGGGCUAUGAUGAUUGGGUGUGGAAGAUCUAAUUUAAAUGAAUUAUUAGCAUCCAUAGAUUUACCCAUAUUUACUCAAAAUUCAUAUGCUAAAUAUCACGAUGAAGUAGCAAAAUGGUGGAAAACUGCUGCUGAAGACAGUAUGCAAGAGGCUGCAAAAGAAGAAGCUGCUGAAGCUAUUGCGUGCGGUGAAGUCAAAGACGGUAUUCCUGUUGUCACAGUCAUUGCUGAUUGCUGUUGGUCAAAAAGAUCGUACAAGAGCAACUAUUCUGCUUCGUCGGGUGUAGCAGCUAUUAUUGGCUAUAAAACAGGGAAGGUAAUUUAUAUGGACGUUAAAAAUAAAUAUUGCGUAGUUUGCUCCCGUGCAUCAGUCAAAGGUGUGCCUCCCGCAAAGCAUGACUGUCAUAAAAAUCACACUGGUUCUUCGACAAGUAUGGAACAAAGUGUCAUAGUCGAAGGUUUUAAAACAUCUGUUGCGAGGCAAAACGUAAUUUACGGUACGUUGAUAGCAGACGGUGACGCGAGUACGUUUAAAAAAAUAUUAGAAAGCAGGCCAUAUCCCAACUAUCAAGUUAAUAAGAUCGAAUGUACCAACCAUCUUCUCCGGAACUACUGUGGAAAGAUUCUUAAUGUGAGCAAAGAUACAUCUAUUCCCCUAAAUGAGAGAAAAUUGCUCACCACCGAACGACAAAAAAGGCUUCGUACAGCGGUAAAAAGUGCAGUGCGAUUUCGCAAAGCGCAGAAUGUGACUACUGCUGAACAAAUCAUAAACUUAAAAAAAGAUAUUUUAAAUAGUCCGAUGCAUAUUUUUGGUGACCACCACGCCUGUGAGACGUAUUAUUGUACUGGAAACCGGAAUGAUGAGGAUAACCUGGUCCCUAAAGUACGGUCCUUGUUAAAUAAAAUUAUGGGUCAUACGGCUCAAAUAGCAUUUCACUCUAAAAGCUUGCUUCAUAAUGUGACCAACAACCGAGCUGAGCAAUUUAAUAGCAUCGUGGCAAAGUUAGUCGGUGGCAAGCGCGUAAAUUUUUCACUGAAAAACUCCUAUACAGCACGCUGUCAUGCCGCAGUAGUAUCUUUUAAUUCCGCAAGACCUCAGUACAACAUUUACAAAUCAAAAUUUCAUAGGAGUCCAGGUAUUUCAUUGAAACGCAUUGAGAUGACUCGCCUUAAAAGAAAGCAAAAAGAGAAAAUAUUUCGUCCUAGGAAGAGAUUAAAUUUUGACAAUAAUAAAGCAGAUUACGGCGAUGAGUGUCAAAGACCGGACAUGCCUGCAGAUUCCUAUGAAAUUGCCAAAAAUUUUUUUCUUCAAAAUCUUCAGGAACAGGUCAAUAAUAGAGAAGAGGUGGAACGAGAUACAAUUCUUCAGGCAGAAAGCCCACUUUGGCUUGAAUUAAGAAGAUGUCUUCUUACAGCAUCAUCGUUCGGCAAAGUUUGUAAAAGAAGACAUAACAUAAGCUCCGCUCCCUUAGUCAAAAGCCACUUAUAUUCCUAUUCACUAGAUCAUAUAAAAAGUAUAAAGCACGGGAAGGUCAAUGAGGCCACUGCUAUCCGGCAACUUGAAGAACAGAUAAGUAUAAAAGUACAUAAAUGUGGACUGUUCAUCGAUGAAGAUUUUUUUUUUCUGGGAGCUUCACCUGAUGGUGUCUUUGAGGAAGGGCUUGUUGAAAUUAAAUGUCCAAUUUCAGCAUUUGGUAUGAAUGCUGAAGAUGCUAUUAAAGCCAAAAAAAUUAAGUUUUGGCUUCCAAACGGGACUAUCAACCGUCGCCACGAUUGGUAUUUUCAGAUUCAGGGACAGUUACAUGUAACAAAGAAGAAUUUAUGUUUAUUUGCUGUCUGGACGGGUGAACAAUUUCCCUUGAAAAUGGAAAAGAUCACUCGGGACGAUGAAUUUUGGCAAAAUGAAAUGCAAACUAGAUUGUAUAAAUAUUACAAUGAAUGUCUGCUUCCAGAAAUUGUAGACCCACGAAAGUCCAGAUCGAUGCCACUGAGAAGCACUAUCUACUAAUUUUUGUAUUACAUCUAUCUAUAUA